AUGCACCUAGCCCUCCAUUUACUUGCCUCUGCCUCCGCGGAUGAUUCUGAGCCUACAUGCUAUACUGAGGCUGUCAAAGAUCCUAAAUGGAGGGUUGCCUUGAACUCUAAAUUUGAUGCUCUAUUGAAAAAUGGAACUUGGUCUUUGGUUCCAUCUAAUGCCUCCCGCAAUGUAGUUGGUUGCAAAUGGGUAUUUAAAAUGAAGCGCAAUGCCGAUGGAUCCAUCAAUCGCUACAAAGCACGCCUUGUUGCUAAGGGAUUUCAUCAACAAGAGGGUAUGGAUUUUUCAGAAACUUUUAGUCUAGUCAUCAAGCCGGCCACUAUACGGCUGGUUCUAUCUCUCGUCGUAUCCCUCAAUUGGCAUAUUCUCCAAAUUGACAUUCAAAGGCCUUUUUACAUGGUCAUCUAUUGGAGGAAGUCUAUAUGCAACAACCUUCAGAAUUCCACCAUCCUCAAUUCCCAAAUCACAUUUGCCGGCUACAUAAGUCGCUUUAUGGGCUCAAACAAGCGCCGCGAGCAUGGUUCUCUCACCUAA